AGGAGGAAACACUUUUGCCUGGAGUGUGACCGAUGCUUUGCCUUCAGGUUGGCUCUUGCUAGACACCAGAGAAUCCACACAGGGGAGAAGAUGCAGGAAAACUCUGAGAGUGAAGAAUGUUUGGGUCAGAGUUUGGAGCUUGCAAACCAUCCAGGAACCCCCAAGUCUUUGGAGUUCAGGAAGGUUCUUGCUCAUCAGCCCAUCGUUCUGAUCCAAAGGAACAUCCAUGCAGGAGGAGAUAACUCAUAUCGCUGCUUGGAGUGUGGGGAAGGUUUCUCCCAACUCUCAUUUUUUGUGAAACAUGAAAGAGGCCACAGAGGAGAGAAACCCCACACAUAUGGUGAGAAUAGGAACGGGUUCCCCGAGAGAUCACGGCUUCGUGAACACCGUAAAAUCCACACAGGAGAGAGCAGAGAAUGUUUAGGUCAGAGUUUGGAGAUUGCAAGCCAUUCAGAAACCCCUAAGUCUUUGGAGUUCGGGAACGUUCUUGCUCAUCAGCCAAUUGUUCUGAUCCACCGGAACGUCCAUGUAGGAGGAGAUAACUCAUAUCGCUGCUUGGAGUGUGGGGAGGUUUUCUCCCAACUCUCAGAUUUUGUGAAACAUGAAAGAGGCCACAUGGGAGAGAAACCCCGCAAAUAUGGCGAGAGUAGGAACAGGUUCCCCGAGAGAUCUCAGUUCCGUGAACACCGUAAAGUCCACACAGGAGAGAAGCCCCACAAAUGCAGUGUUUGUGGGUUAUGCUUUUCUAUUAGGUCAAAACUUGUUACCCAUCAGCGAACCCACACCGGAGAAAAGCCCUAUAAUUGCCCAGAGUGUGGAAAAUCAUUUGCUCUAAAGUCAGUGCUUGUGAUCCAUCAGAGGCUCCACACAGGAGAGAAGCCCUAUGAAUGCUGGGAGUGUGGGAAAUGUUUCACUCAAAACUCACAGCUCUGGAAACAUCGUUUGGUUCACACAGGGGAGAAACGUUAUAAGUGCUUGGAAUGUGGAAGAAAGUUUACUUGCCGAUUCGACCUUGCAAUCCAUCAGAGAACCCACACAGGAGAAAGGCCCCAUAAGUGUCUGGUGUGUGGAAAAUGUUUCCCCUCAAAAAGAAAUCUCAAGCGACACCAGAGAAUCCACACAGGAGAGAAACCCUAUGAAUGUAGAGAGUGUUGGAAAUGUUUUUAUGAGAGAGCUGAGCUUCUGAGGCAUCAGACUGUUCACACUGGAGAGAGGCCCCAUAAAUGUGCAGAAUGUGGGAAAAGCUUUUUUUCAGCAUCGGAACUUGUAAUCCACCAGAGAACACAUACAGGAGAGAAACCGUUUGAAUGUGUGGAGUGUGGGAGAUGCUUUUCCCAGAAACAGCACCUCUCCAGACAUCAGAAGGUGCAUACGGGAGAGAAACCCUACAAAUGCAUGGAAUGUGGGAAAUGCUUUGCUGGCCUAUCAGAUCUUCGUGUACAUGACAGGAUACACACAGGAGUGAGGCCAUAUGAGUGUGAGCAGUGUGGGAAAUGUUUUUCUACUUCAUCCCAUCUUAUUAUUCAUAAGAGAAUCCACACAGGAGAGAAACCAUAUAAAUGUUUAGACUGUGGGAUGUCAUUUAAUAUAGCAAAAACCCUUAAGGGUCACCAGAGAAUACAUACAGGAGAGAAACCCCACAAAUGCUUGGAGUGUGGGAAAUGUUUUUCAAGGAACGACAGCCUUGUGACCCAUCAGAGAACCCACACAGGAGAGAAACCCUAUAAAUGCUUGGAGUGUGAGAAAUCAUUUUCUCAGAAGUCAUCCCUUGUGAUCCAUCAGAGAACCCACACAGGAGAGAAACCUCACAAGUGCUUGGAGUGUGGGAAAUGUUUUUCUCAGUCAGCACAUCUUCGCAGUCACCAGAAGGUCCACACAGGAGGAGACCUUCCCAAUGUGUAGGGUGUGGAGAAUGUUUUUCACAGAGUGGAAACCUUCAAAGACUCCAUGUGGAAUAAAGAGCAUAUAAAUGUUGGGAGUGCGCGGAAAGAUUUGAUUAGCGGUUAGUCCUCGUGGCACACCAGAGUGUCUACACAAAAAGGAGGACGUAUAGAUAUCAGGAGUGGGGAAAAUGCUUUGGAAGGAAAUGAAUCUUUAACAACAUUGGAGAUUCCACAAAGGAAAUACAGUGUAAGCAAGCGUAUUCAGGGAAAGGACAUACUGGUAUAUAAAGCCUUUUUGUAAAGUGCCUUAUUGUUGCCAUUGUGCCUUGCUAGAAAAUCAUAUCCUCUGUGUCUCUUACUUGAUUUGUCUUAAUACUUUGCUGAGAUGUUUGCACAGGAUGUUACAAGAUGUUCUAUUUGGAGGCCUUUUCAACAGGAUGUCUGAUAAGAAAAGGGGAUUUUUGCUAUGUCUUGCUUUGCUUAAGCAUAACACUGUACCCAGGAAGUGCCUUAUAUGGAUAUAUAACUGAAAUGCUUAGCUUUUGGAGGGAAAAGGGGAAGUAACCAAUUAUCGACAAAGGGAGGGUUGUGUCCAAGCUUAUUGGCUUAAGUUUGCUGCGAUACAUUA